ACCAGCCCUGCUCCGUGUGCUUGGUAAAUGCCCGGAGCUUUCCUUGCCACCCGGACACCAGCUGGGAUAAGGAGAAAUUUCUUUGUUUUUCCAAAGCUCAGGCCCGGGCUACAGUUUGAGGUGUGACUAAUUCCCACGCAGCGCGGGGACCUGUGGCCCAGGGAAAUGAUCACCGGCGCCAUGUUACUGUUCUCUGCCUUCAUGGGUACCUCCUCCACUCUCUUGAUAGCCACUCCGGAGAAUCCAGUCCACGCCAUCACCAACCAGACAGCCGUCCUGCCCAUCUCCCUGCGAUUCUCUACCCCGCCGGGGGAAUUCUUCCACCUCAAAUGGGAUUUCCUCUCCGGCGAUCGCCCCGUCUUGGCCUACGUGCUGAGCAGGUGCAAAGGCAGCGCCCCCGAGGGGUGGCAGAGCUCCUGCCAGCGCAGCGUGAAGGUGGCGAAGGAAUAUCAGCAGCAGGCAAACGUCUCUCUGCAGAGCGGUUCCCUGGUGAUCCAGCGUGUGCAGCCCACGGACACCGGGACGUACCGGAUAACGGUGCAAGGCCUGGAUGUGUUUGUCAAGGCAGAGGUGAACCUGACAGUGACUAAAGCAGCUGCACCAACAAACUCGGGAAAAGUGAAUGGAGCCAGAGGCAGCCUGGUGCCCAAUGCCGUCCACCUUGGCUUAGCCGGCCUGGUUCUUUGUGUCUUGGGGCUGAUCGUGGGAGAGGCAGUUUACAAGCCAGCCAGCUGCUCCCCGCACCGCCUGGAGGGAAGCCAAGAGCCAAGCUGGAGCCGCUGGACUGAGCCUCCACAUGCCUGGAUCUGCAGCGCUGAAAAUCCCCCAGCCGUCUAGUCCUGUAUCCCAACGCAGGAUGCUUCUGAAGAAAGCAAAAGACCCCCACCCUGCCACACCCUGGGCGCUGGUACUUAGCAGGGGCUGCACUAGAGUGCGGGCUUUCAUCCCCCUAGCGCAGCCUGGCAGAACGACCACUGGGCCCCAUUAAGAGUUUUCUUUCAGCAGCAGUGUGGCCCAGUGGCUAGAGCACUAGACGGGCCCUGCCCUGAGGUGAGCUAGGUUCCGUUCUGCCGCCAGCCUGCUGGUGACUGUAGCCAAGUCCCGUCCCCACCCAGUGCCUCAGUUUCCCCAUUGGUUACAAUGAUGCCGACCUGCUUUGUGAAGCGCUUUGAGAUGUGCUGAUGAAGAGAACCAGAUUAUUAUUAUUAUUUUAGCUAUUUCCCACUCGGUCAGAUAUGACCCCAGCUCUGGAGGGGCUCCCCCCUAUUGACAGAAGAACUCCAGGCCAGGUUUACAAGGGCCCAGCACUCAACAUUAGGGCUGGAGUUUUCAGUUCCCAAUUAGGCACUUACAUAAGUGGGCCAAGUUUUUCAAAAGGUCUCAGUGCCCAUCAUGGCACUCAAGGUCCUGAGCCCUUUAGACGCUUUUG